GCCGCGCGCGUGCCCGCGGGCGUAACGGUUCCGGCGGCGCGGGCGGGCGAGCGGGCUCCGCCUGCGGCGUGAGGGAGCGGUGCCUCGCCCUUGCCGGAAGGGAGCGCGGCGGCGGCGUGAGGCGGGGGCGGUGGGGUGGGCGCUGGCUGCGGGCUGCUGCGGGGCUCGCUGGCUGCCGGCCCCCGGGAGGGCGGCGGCGUCCGCAGGGCGGCUGCGUCUGUGCGUGUCUCCUCCUCUCUCUCGGCCCCUCCAUGUCGGAGCUCUCUGUCUUCUCUAACAAACUCUCUGCCUUGCUUCUCCCCCUCCCCCGGGCUUCUGCUUUGUGGAUGUUGGCGGCUUCUUGUUGUGGCAGGAGAAUGUGUGUGUGCCCCGGGCCCAGGCGGAUCGCAAUUCCAGUCCGAAGCUCCAGACUACCAUUGUUGUCUGAUGCCAUGCCAGCACCAGCUCAUCUGUUUCCAUUGAUUCGUAACUGUGAGAUUGGCAGAAUAUGCAGUACUGUGUGCUACUGCCACCAUAAACAUCUGUGUUGCUUAUCAUCUCACUUUGCUCACGGUCACUUCAGAUGUGCACCUCAGAGGAAAUUUGCAGCGCUUUGUAGGCCAAAGGAGAACUUUAACCAAUUUAUUCAUGUAAGGGACUAUGCUUCCACACCACAGAGAUUUUACCUCACUCCUCCACAAGUCAACAGCAUUCUGAAGGCAAAUGAAUACAGUUUUAAAGUCCCAGAAUUUGAUGGUAAAAAUGUAAGUUCUGUCCUUGGCUUUGAUAGCAAUCAGCUACCUGCUAAUGCUCCAAUAGAAGACAGGAGAAGUGCUGCCACUUGCUUACAGACAAGAGGAAUGCUUCUGGGUGUGUUUGAUGGCCAUGCAGGUUGUGCUUGUGCUCAAGCUGUAAGUGAAAGACUGUUUUACUACAUUGCUGUCUCUUUGUUACCUCAUGAGACUUUACUUGAAAUAGAAAAUGCUGUGGAAAGUGGUAGAGCUCUGUUGCCCAUAUUACAGUGGCACAAACACCCUAAUGAUUAUUUCAGCAAAGAAGCUUCCAAGCUUUACUUCAACAGUCUGAGAACUUACUGGCAGGAGCUCAUUGAUCUCAAUAGUGGAGAGACCACUGAUGUGAAAGAAGCUUUAAUUAAUGCCUUUAAAAGGCUUGAUAAUGAUAUUUCUUUAGAAGCUCAAGUAGGAGAUCCAAAUUCUUUUCUCAACUACCUAGUACUAAGAGUAGCAUUUUCUGGUGCAACUGCCUGUGUGGCUCACGUAGAUGGUGUUGACUUGCAUGUUGCAAACACAGGUGACAGUAGGGCAAUGCUUGGGGUUCAGGAAGAAGAUGGAUCUUGGUCUGCAGUUAAUCUGUCCUAUGAUCACAAUGCGCAAAAUGAACAUGAAGUGGAACGUGUGAAAAUGGAGCAUCCAAAAUCUGAAGGGAAAAGUCUUGUGAAACAAGACCGCCUCUUAGGCUUGUUGAUGCCUUUCAGAGCUUUUGGUGAUGUGAAGUUCAAAUGGAGUAUUGAACUACAGAAGAGAGUAGUAGAAUCAGGCCCUGAUCAGCUGAAUGACAACGAAUACACAAAGUUUAUUCCUCCAAACUAUCACACUCCUCCAUACCUCACAGCUGAGCCAGAAGUCAUACAUCACAAAUUAAGGCCACAGGAUAAGUUCCUGGUUUUGGCCACAGAUGGACUGUGGGAGACUAUGCACAGACAAGAUGUGGCUAGAAUUGUAGGGGAGUACCUAACUGGCGUUCACCAUCAACAGCCAAUAGCUGUUGGUGGCUAUAAGGUAACUUUGGGACAGAUGCAUGGUCUCUUAACAGAAAGAAGAGCAAGAAUUUCUUCAGUAUUUGAAGAUCAGAAUGCAGCGACUCACCUGAUACGUCAUGCAGUGGGUAAUAAUGAGUUUGGCACUGUGGAUCAUGAGCGACUGUCCAAGAUGCUUAGUCUUCCAGAAGAGCUGGCUCGAAUGUAUAGAGAUGACAUUACAAUUAUUGUGGUGCAGUUCAACUCGCAUGUUGUAGGUGCAUGUCAAAAUGAGGAACUGUGAAUUUUAAUAUAGUGAACUAGUUACCAAAGUUGUAACAAUGGCCAGUAUGAGCAGCAGAUUUAAAAAAGCAAACAAAUUGGUUGCUUGUUAAAUUAAACAUAUCUAUUGUUCCUGCCUUCCCCCAGAGCUCUAAACACAUGGGAAGUGCUAUUGACCCACUAUAAACUUAGAGGGUGACACAGCUUGAAAAGAGGCUUCUAUAGUAACUUUGCACUGUUGAUUUCAUGAAUGCUGCUAGAACAAUAUUUUGAAUUUGGCAGGGCUAGAUGAGGAAGGGAGGGAAGGAGGACACAGAAUUAACUAUCAAAGUUUUCAGCUGUUCAAGAAACAAAGCCUGUUUCUAAACACUUAAGUAUCUGCACACUCUCUUAAAGAUAAGAUUAGUAAUAAGGGAUAUUGUUGAAUUCUUACAGGGCUAAUUCUUGCAAAGUAGAUAGUUAUUUGUGAAUAUCUUCUGUCUACCUUUUCCUCCAAACAGAGGAAGAUAACUUUAAGUCUUCAAUGUAACAGUGUCAUUGACUUGGAUACUUGUCUAAGUGUUAACUUUCAAUGCAGGUCUAAGCCAUAAUCAAUAUCUGAGAUUAUUAUAGUUUAAUCAUAUCUUAUGCACAGUACCUUCUAAACUUCUUGUGCAUUAAGUUUCUUGGCUUGUGGGUUUUGGCACAACUUGUAGGGCAAUAAUACAUUACAGCAUUCAAUAAGAUACUGGAUAACUUUAUUUAUGAAGGACUUCAGUUUGCAAUAUGAAGAAGCUUUCAAGCUUUUCAAAAAAAGUCAAUGUUGUUGGCCAAAACUGACCUUUUCUAAAGGUCACGACCUUCAUGGACUCCAAUUCUGCCUGGUAUUACUUAUCUGAUGAUAAGAUAAAUUUUCAUCAGGUCACCUGUAUGUGAUUUCCCUAAUCAUUGCUAAACUCUUUGGCUUUGUAGCUUGCACUCAUUUUUCACUUCAGCUGUUUGAGGUGAUCACAUACUGGAUGUCUUGCACUUGAACUCAUAAGUAUGUCAGGUUGAAAACUACCAUUUACAAAUUACAAAAAAGAGGUAUGGCUUGUAAAUAGCUGGGAAGCUAACUAGCAUGCAUGUGUAUGUUUAAUGACUUUUUGUGGCAACUUCAUUAUUAGCAGCCAUAUAGUUCUAGGCAGCUGGUAUAUGCAUGUUCUUACAAUCCAGGACGUUGUCACAGAGCAGUCUCUUAAAUGGAUCUCCAGUUGUAAUGGCUGAAUAUGAACUUAAAAGGUAGUGCCCUGGGCUAUAAUUUGUGUGCCUGAACUUGUUAUGACUCAUAACUGUAAAAAGUAGAGACUUACAACUGAUUUAAUGGUCUUCAUUGUAUCUGUUCUAGGUAUGUUUCAUUGCACACAGGUUUCCUUUAACCUGCUCUUAGGUUAAAAACUUAAUGCUGGCUGAAAUAUCAGUCCUGGAUGACUGAGAACUCAUGUAACAAGUCCUCUGUUCUCCUCUAGAAGCUCUAGAACAGCUAUCAGUCAGCACAUUUAAUUAAAACACCUUGGUAAUAUUAAAAUAUCUUCCAAGCCUUUAUCAUAGUUAAUUAAAUCAACACUAAGAAAAUGUAGCUUCCUACUUUUAACUGAGUAAUGUGGCAUUUUCUACUAAAUAAAAAUACUGUCAGUUAAGUGUACCCUAUGCAAUAGUAACCUUAAUUUGAUCAAUGAACUUGUGUUGUAGUAAACAUUGGCUUGUCAAACUUGCAAAUGUGUGUACUUAGUGGCAUGCAGCCUUAAUAUGUCUGUUUCUUUACCCAAUAUCAAAAAAAUUCAGGAUCAGCUUUGCUGUAAGAUUAGUGGUAUCUAAGUUCACCUUAAAGAUGUGAACAACCCAUCUUUAUCUGAAGGGAAAAGAGGAACUCUAAAAUGCUUGGGCAAGUACUGGCUGUUGUCAUUGCUUAUGUAUAUUGUGUUUUGGUAACUGUCAUUAGGUAGGUCAGUAUAUUUGUUCCUCUUACUCUGUUAUUCAAAUACAAUGUAUCUAAACAGCAUUUAACUUUCUUACAUUUUUUCUACUGCUAAGGCUCUAUUACAUGUAUUGAUAUAUUUAACCUAUGAUUCUUGAUAUGGAUUUGGUACAAGUCAUAGCUAGGUGAACUGAACAUUGGUUCCAUGUAUACAACUUUUACUGAGGAGAAGCUGCUUUUUGUAGUAAGCAUAUAUAUGGGGUCAAACAAUAUAGUAUUUAUGUAUUGCUUGGAGACUUGCUCAGUACGUAUGCAGUGAACAGAAGCAGCAUAACUGCCUGCUGAACAGGUGAUCUGAACAAAUGUUUUAAUAAAUUCUAAUAAAAUGAUCAAUUAUGCAGAAA